GGUAACAUAUGUUUCUGGAGGGAGUCCCGGGAGGCAGUGCUCAGUAAGAUGUAAACUUCGGUGGUCCUUAAGAACCCCAACAACAACGACUAAAGUCCACAACCAACAAGAAGCAUAAAUAUGCCUGCUAUACAGUUUACUGAAGUGAUAACGUUCUCCAGUGAAGAUCCGAAUCAUCCAGCGGAAAAUCUAUUGCGCCCUGAUACAUUUCGCAAAUGGAAAUGUGCAUCUGGAACAACAGAGAAGCAAUCAUCUGUUACACUAAAGCUUGAGAAAAUGAGUCCUGUCCAUUCUAUAGACAUUGGCAAUGAAGGUUCAGCAUUUGUGGAGGUAUUGGCAGGGAGAGAAGGAGCUGAAGCUUUUCAGGUACUUCUUGUUGCCUCAUCUUUCAUGACUCCCAUCGAGUCAAGAAAUGGCACUGACUUAAACCGUGUCCGAAUGUUUGGUCCCGACAAGCUGAAUAAAAAUGUGGCUGGACAAAAGUGGGAUCGUUUAAAAGUCAUAUGCACACAGCCAUUCAACAAACAGAUGCAGUAUGGUUUAUCCUUCAUCAAAGUUAGAAGCCCAAAUUCUGACUCUUCACCACUGCCUGCUAAGAUUACCAAGCUUGGAAGUUUCACUCUUAAAGAAGAGGAUGCUGACCCCAUUUCAGUUGGCUCUCUGUUUGCUCGAAGGAAAGAUAAAGAACCUUCAUCCCCCUUAUCAGGUGCAGCAGCCAUUCGAGCAGCAUCAGCAGAAGCUGUAGCCUCUGUAUCAUCUCCAGGAACACACAAGAGGAAAUCCCAGGAUCCUUCACCUGAUGUGGGAUUCUAUCAACUCAAAAAGAAAAUAAUUUCAGAGCCAGAUCCAGUAAAGACCCCAACAGUGGCCAAACUUGUGAAACCUCCUUCAGCUUCUGGAUCUCACAAGAAGAAUCACAAUGAUGUCAAAGAAAAAAAUAAGCAUGAUAUGGAUGGGCAGCAAAAUGGCAAAAGAGAAGCAAAGCACAGGUCAUCAGAGACUGCUGAGAGAGAAGGAAAAUGCAGGAAAAAUAAAAAUAUAAACUUUAAGGAGGAAACAAAAACAGAUAGAGCAUCUACUGCCAAAUCUCCUACAUCAAUCUUACUACCAGUGAAGAAAAAAUUUAAGCCUUUCUCAUCACUCAUGGAUGAUGUCUUUUUUGUCAUGAGUGGUUAUCAGAACCCACAACGAUCACAGCUACGAGACAUGAUGGUAGACAUGGGAGCCAAGUACAAAAGUGAUUGGGACCCAAAGUGUACCCACUUAAUAUGUGCAUUUACAAACACUCCAAAAUAUCAGCAAGUGAAAGGGCAUGGUAAAAUUGUCACUGCAAAGUGGAUCACCGAUUGCCACAAUAAGAAGAUCAGAUAUCCUUGCAAAAGGUAUUCACUGGAAAAGGGACGUGACCAGACUGAAAGUGAAGAAGAGAUUUGGGCAGAUGAGCUUUUGCCCAAAGAAUCCAAACCAGCUGUUAACCCAUCACCUCAUGCUUCAGCUGCUGCCUCAGCAGGUGAUGAAAUUGGUUCUGAUAUUAGCACUGACAUGAGUGACAAUGAAGAUACUGAUGAUGAGAUUCAAAGAGUUCUUGCAAGACAGAAAAUAACUACAGAAGAUUCAACCUCCAAAAAGACAAACAAUCUACACAGUACAAAACCAGAUACUCCUAGUAAAAUGGAGGGAAAAGAUAAAUCAUCUACAGAAAAUGCAAAGAAAGACAAACAAGCAGCAGCUGUGAAUAAUGCUAAGAAAAACCUCAAAGCAGAUGGGACUGCGGCCGUAUCAAAUGGCACGGCAGUUAGCAGCGAGGAUGAGGUGUAUGACGACGACACAGAUGUAGAUGAGGAAAACCUUAAGUAUCUGAUACUUAAAAUUUUUUUCUGUCAGAAAAACCCCGACACCUCUGCUCUGCCGUACCCACCCUUGGAUUACUUUAAGGGAAAGUGUUUCUUUAUACAUGGAAAAAUGGUGGAAAAUAAAAGGGUUUUGAGACGUUAUAUCAUAGCAUUCAAUGGUAAACUGGAGGAUUAUAUGAGUGAAAAAGUGCAGUUUGUUAUUACUAAGGACAAUUGGGAUGAAAGUUUUGACGAAGCUCUGAAUGAGAACCCAUCUCUGCAGUUUGUGAAACCUUUAUGGAUAUGGCGCUGCAGUGACAAACAGAGACUUGUACCACACCAGCCAUUUUUAAUAGUGCCUACAGAAUAAGUUAAGUUGCUUGAUACAUCAAAGUAACUAAAUUAUGAAAGUACAGAUGCACUUUAUGUACAAAACUUUAGAAAAUUGACUGUUUCUUACCUCUGAUAUAGCCAGCUGUCAGCAGUGAUCAGUCAUGACUUGCAACUUUCUGACCCUGGCAGAAUAUUUUUUUAUACCCAUAAGUGCCCCAAUUACAAUAUUUCUUAUAACUAUUAGCUAAAACUUUCAAUAUUAUUAUGACAUUCCUUGGGUAUCUCCAAGAAAGCUGAUAUCUCCUUUAUUUUUUAUUUGAAGCUGUAUAUGCUCCUUAAGUAUACUGAGCAUGCUUUUUUUGCAUUAAUAUUUAUAUUAACCCUUUGACUGUCGCAACCCCAAAUCCUGAGGUGUCUCCUGGUGUCGCAAAAUAUUUGAAAAAAAAAAAAAAUUAUUUUAUCAUGAAAUGAUAGAUAAUCUUACGGAAUUACGCUCUCGCAAAGUUAGCGACCUCAGCAGUUUUUACGAAUCGGCAAUUUCGCCCACUUUGAGCCCUAUUUUCCACUAAUUCCAUUGUUCCAGUUGACCAAACUCAUAGCUAUUUCUUUAGAACUCCAUUUGUUCUAUUGAUUGAGUACAAGAAACUACCCAUUUACCAAUUUCAACUACCCAAUAAAGUGGUCAGAAAUUAGCAAUUUGGCCAAUUUCAUGCAAAUUAAAAAAAUAUGCCAAUUUCAAAAUAGGGUCCAGACUGGACAAUGCAGACAUUCCUGGCUCUAAAAUAACAUUUUCUUUGUUCAUCAGUCGUGUCUCCAGGCCCCUUUGAUAUUACUCUUGCUUUGUAUUUUGAAUUUUUAUUCAAAUAGAAAAUAGAAGAUUUACUGUUAUAUAGAUUACUGCAAUAUUGGAAUAAUUGUAUAAAUAAUGUCAACCUAUUCAUGACUUCAUAUUAGAAUGGCUAGUUGGACAUUUAUUGGACAAUGACGUCAUUUGUUUACUCUUGAAUGUCGGCAAAAAUCAAGCGUUUUCCUUAUUUUGAGCUCCAUUUCAAGGUCCUUUUCAUAGUAAAACCAAUCAAAAUCACUUCCAUUUCUAUAAUAUGUUUUCCGUGCUAUCAAAUGAGACUACGAAAAUGAGAAUAUAACAAUAAAAACUAUACGAAAAUACACCGCAAAGUUGGCAUUUUUAAUCCAAAAACAUGGUGUUGGAGUUUUUUUAUCUCGUUAUGCACUGCUUGCUGCAGCAUUUUUUAUUAUACUGCGCACACUAACCACACAGACCCAUUCUCUCACAUGUGGGCCUACCAGCUUUCUCCUGCUUGAUUUGAAGCCACUAGAAUUUUUGAGUAUAUGUACGUCAAACAUAUUGGCUCGUAAGAUGUAUGUAUAUAACCAAAACAGUCAAAGGGUUAAUUUUUUCCAAAGGUUCACCAUUUUUUUUUUUUUAAUUAUUACUUUCUGUUCUUUGGUGAUUAGGAUGUUUGUUUAUAUUAUGUGGAAAUAAAGGACAGUGAGAAACUGGCUACGUAAACUUGAGUUUUGGAAAUUACAAAAUACACUGGGUGCCUGCUGUCAGGAAGUACAAUGGGAGCAUCAUGGUUUCAUGUGUCAGCACUGAACUGUGGCAUCUGUGCCCUCUGAGAACACAUCUAAAGUGUGAGUGAUGGUUUGAUGUUUGCUUCUUUGGGUCAACCUGCUGAGGUGGGUCACAGAAUGUGAAAUAAACUACUCAACUAGUAUUAAAGAGAUUCUCUGGUUAUUUCUUUAAAAAAUUACUUUCAGUAUCUUUUGAAUUUAUAAAAGUGAAUAUUGGUAUCAAAAGGUCAACAGUAAAGGAAUAUGGUAUAACUACAGUAUUAUACUGUACUAGGCUUCUAGAAUCAUUAAAUUUAUUAAUUGUCUCGCCAUGAAAUACAUGUAAUCGUGUUUGUCCUCUUGAUUUUUGGCCUUUCAUAGCAAAAUACUAAAUAUUAUAGCAAUUCAAACUACAGUACUAUAUAUUUGUAUUCAAGGAAACUUUGGCAUAGAUAGCCACAUUACAUGAAAAAUUCUUGUAUCAUAUUACUUUUACACCUGCCUUAUAUGUUAUUUUCCUUGCCUGCUUCACAUGCACCUUAACACUUGCAAAUCACAAGAGCUUAACAUGGAUGUGUUUUCGUCACCCUGCGUUGGUGGGAAAUGGACAUCAAGUUAAAAAAAUAGACAUUUGCUGUAAUAUUUUUCAAAGAAGCUUUUAGGAAUUUUAGAUUAUAUGGCAACUUUAAUGACCUCAAAAGGUUUGUUUAUUUAUUGUUUAUAUUUUGAAGUACUUUUCUUUUUUUAACAUGUCGGCCAUUUCCUACUGAGGCAGAGUGACCCAAAAAGAAAGGAAAAAAAAAAAACUUUCAUUAUCAUUCACCAUUUUCACCAUCAUUCAUACAUAAUCACUGUCUUUGCAGAGGCACUCAGAUAUGACAGAUUAGAUGUCCCUCCAAACAGCCAAUAUCCCAAACCUCUCUUAAAGUGCAGGCAUUGUACUCUUCAUUUCCAGGACUCAAGUCCGGCUAACCGAUUUCCCUGAAUCCCUUCACAAAAUAUUACUCUGCUCACACUCCAACAGCUUGUCAGGUCCCAAAAGCCAUAGGUCUCCAUUCACUUCUAUCUAACACACUUAUGCAUACUUGCUGGAAGUCUUUCCUAGGACGACCCCUACCCCGCCUUCCUUUCCCUACAGAUUUAUACACUCUCCAAAUCAUUCUACUGUUCCAUUCUCUCUAAUAACCAAACCACCUCAAAAACCCCUCUUCAGCCCUUUUGACUAAUACUUUUAGUAACAUACCAAAUAAAAAUUAAAUACAUGUAA